GUCGUCGCGGGCGACAUCGACCACGGCGACGAGCCCGACAAGGCCGACGACGCGCCGCUCGACGACAUCACGAUCCUCGUCGAGUCGAGGCUCGCGACGAUGCGCAUCGAGCUGUUCAGCAUCUACCUGUGCCUCAUGGCCAUCUCGUCGCUCCGGUCGCUCCGCCCUGCGUCCGCCGUCGAUGCGCCCGAGCGCGAGGGCACGUCGUCCUCCUCCGCCGCCGCCGCCGCCGCCGCCGCCGCCGCCAAAGGCCACAAGCCUCGUCGUCCUCGACCGCUACUGCGCGCGAGCGGCGAGAUCAAGGACCUGCACCUGUUCCCGACGUUGCCGCACGACACGCACCUGUUCAUCAACUUCCACCGCAUCCUGUUCUCGCACACGGCGGCGUCGGGCCUGACCCUCGGGUUUGAGAAGGCCAUCCUCGCCGGCCAGAGCCCGACCGUCCCGGGCAAAUGGGAGGACAUCGUGUCGCUGCGCAAGAGCGAGUUUCGCGUGCGGCCCGACUCGAGCAACAAGGGCUACCACCCGUUCGUCCUGUCGUUGUCGUCCGAGACGGCGCGCUUGCGGAUCCCGUUCCGCUACGUCUUCUCGCGCAUCGUCGACAACACGGCGAGCCUCGUCAAGGCGACCAAGCAGCUCGUGUACGAGCACGUCAAGGGCGGCACGCGCGUCGUCAUCGAGCCCGGUCCUGAGCAGGCCAAGCGCCUCCCGCAGAUCGAGCUGCGUGUCGGCCUCUUCGCCCUCGAGCUGCAGGACGACCCGUUCGAGACCAAGCUCAACAUCAUCUGGCGCGCCGGGUACGAGGAGCAGCUCGCCCGUAUCGAGCGCCGCAAGGCGUUCGACGACAAGGUCGACGCGAUCCGGCGCGCCGAGGCGGCGGGCAACAGCGGCGACGGCUCGCGUGCGACCGACGACGAGGGCGACGGCGACAGCGAGGACGACCAGUCGUUCGCCGCGAGCGCCAAGCCCAAGGUGAGCGCGCGCCACACGGUCGGCGUCGCCGAGGCCGAGCGGGCCCUGCGCAAGUACAACUCGUCGCACUGGGUCAAGCGCAUCCGGAACGCGUCGGCCGAGCAGGCGCGCCGCGAGGAGGCGCUCGCGCGUCGGCUGUACGGCGUCACCGACCGCAACGUGAUGGCCAACAAGCGCCUCCCGAUCGAGCUCCUGCCCGUCAGCAAGUCGGCGCCUCUCGCUCGCGGCACGUUCCACGACCUGUCGUUCGUCAUCUCCAAGCCGUCGUUCGCCGGUCCCGAGGGCGACGAGGGCCUCAAGACGUUCCUGCACGACGUCGGCAAGGGCCUGCCGCGCGACACCGUCUUCUCGCUCCUCGUCCCGGUCCACUUUUCGUGGACCAUGUCCGAGGCGCGGUUCCAGCUCCGCGACUAUCCGCUCCCCGUCCUGCACGUCCCGCGCAGCGGCCGGCCCGGGCAGCCGAGCUGGACGUGCGAGUCGGACCUCGUCGUCGGCGAGGAGGUCGGCGGGCUCGAGUCGGUGCGCCGGGUCCCGUGCGCCAUCAUCCCGCAGCACGUGUUCGAGGGCCAGGGCGCGCCGUACGCCAUCGUCGUCCCGCGCUCGGCCAUGCCGACCAAGACGUACGCGUCGCCCGUCAUCAAGAUCCGCUCGGCCGAACCUUUGCGGUUCGGCUGGGGCAACUCGAUGCAGCCCGCCAUCCAGGACGUCGCCCGAGUGUUCGACACGCUCAGCAAGGCGAGCCCGGACCCGUCGGACCGCAUCGGCUUCUGGGACAAGAUCCGCCUCCAGCUCCAUUGGCGCAUCCGCCUCGUCUGCCCCGGCCCAGUCGCGUCGGUCAUCUUCCACCUCAAGGGCUCGCGCGACCCGUACGCGCUCACGGGCUUCGGCGCCGGGUUCGCCAAGGCGUGGAAGGGCAACGUCGAGCUCCGCCUCGGGCACGACAACCCGGACCGCGAGUUCUUCCAGGUCUCGAGCGACAAGUACGUGCUCGGGAUCCCCAACCUGCGCGAGUACAUCGACUCGGCCGCGACGGGCAGCUUCUCGAGCGACUCGCUCGACUCGGACGUCGCCGACAGCGACGCCGACGACGCGCAGAGCGCCGACAGCGCCGCCGGCGGGUCGGCCUACGCCGCCUCGACGCUCGGCGACGGCGACGACGAUCUCGACGCCGCCACCGGGUACGACACGGCGACCGACACGUCGGGCGACGAGGACGACAUCGAGUACUGGCUCAAGGUGUGCGCCAAGUGCAUCAACGGCGUGCGGUGGGGCAUGGCCGUCCGCCUCGAGCACACCUGUCGAGACGGCGAGUGCGACAAGCCGGCGUGCCUCGGCCUCCCGACCUUCCACCGCCAGUGUCGCCGCUUCGACUUUAUCCCGCACUGGAAGGUCCACACCAAGACGUCGGCCGCGGUCGGGCCCCUCGGCGAGAUUGUCGACUCGUUCGCCGGGUUCCGCUCCGACUUUAUCCACUUCUCGAUCUCGCUCACGUCGCCCGCCAACCUGCGCCUUCCCGGUCGCGACCAAGAACCCGACGCCGCCGACGUCCAGUACUCGGGCAACGACGGCUACAACAGCUUCCACUUCUCGCCGCACGCCAUGACGCACUUUCACCGGUGGUGGAAGCUGUUCGACGGCUGCAUGUCGCUCCCCGUGCGCCAAGGUCGCCUCUUCCCGUCGGUCCAGGCGCCGUCGCCCAAGUUUGGCCGCCACACGGCGACGAUCAAGUACCGGUUCUCGCUCGCGCCUCUCUUCAUCUCGCACACGUACCGCCAAGAGACCUGGGCCGAGUGGGAGCGCGGCGAGACGACCGUCCUCGGCAUGAAGGGCAAGAUCGGCCGGUUCAACGUCGACCUGCACCAGCGCACCCAGGAGAUGGUCAUCCGCCGCCCCGAGAUGUCCGAGUCCAAGACGGUCAAGCACAAGGCGUUCUACAUGGCCGAGAUCGACCUCGACGGGCUCGACCUGCGCACGAUCACGGCCAUCUUCUCCGAGCCGCUCAAGGCCGACGUCGCGCCCGCCGACGCCAACGCCGACGACGAGGCGUCGACCCCGAUCCCGGCGGCCAACGACGACGACUACACGGUGCGCCCCGAGGACCGCGAGUGGGUCAACCUCAACGACUUUCACGACUCGAUGUACACGAUGCCGGUCGACGACGGCCACGGCGAGCCUCGGCUCCGCAUCUUGCCGUUCAUGGUCUGCCCGCGCUUCACGUACUACCGGCACAAGGACUCGGCGCCGACCAAGGACGGCGACGACGACGAGUCGGGCGACGGCCUCGAGGCGUCGACGCCGCCCGAGAAGCCCAAGACCAAGUUCGGCAACGAGUUCUCGCACACGUGCCUCAUGGGUCGCGCAACAGACACCGUCUCGGUCCACAUCGAGGAGGCCGAGGAGCGCCUGCGAGAGCUCAAGACUCAGCUCGCGGCGUCCAAGAGCGCGACCGUCAUCGGCGAGAUCGAGCUCCGCAUCAAGGCGGUCCAGUCGGUCAUCGAGCGCCUGAGCCAGAUUCGCGACGAGGCGCAGCCCUCCUCGGCCCCCUAUCACGACGCGCACGUCGAGGCCAACCACCGCGAGCAGCAGGACGGGCAGCAGGACCCGCACCCGCACCAGUACCAGUACCAGCACCGCCCGCCGCCGACGCCGUCGAGCGGCGUGCACGAGGACUCGUGCGACACGGCCGCCUUCCCGCACCUGACCAACACGCUCUACGAGGAGUGGGGCCAGUGGGAGAACCGCUACAUGGUCCACUCGCCGACGGUCCAGGUGUCGAACGCGACGCGCGAGGUCCUCCUCAAGUACUACUACUCGCACCGCGACCGCAAGGGCUUCCUGUACCACGCGUCGGCCAACGUCCUGCGGUUCAUCCGCGACCUCGCCAAGCAGCAUGAGCGCAAGACGAAGCGCGACAACAUGUCGCGCCGCAAGUCGACGCGCACGGGCACGCCCGGCGGGUCCAUGUCGGCCAAGCGCACCGGGCCCUUUCACGACUCGGACGAGACCAACCGCCUCCUCGACGACCUCAUCAAGAAGGGCAGCUCGUGGGCCGUCAACGAGGAGGACGAGGCCGACGACGGGCGCCACCGGUUCGGCGACCACCUCGACGUCGACCCGUACGCCGCCGCCGAGGCGCUCCCCGAGGCGUACGACGCCACCUCGGGCCACCUGUGCGUGUUCACCAAGCCCCAAGUGUCGCUCCAGAGCGACGUCGACGACAAGUCGACCCUCGUCAUCGCCGCCUUUCGCGCCCAGGUCAAGGUGUUUGAGAUCAUCGACACGCGCAUCGUCGACGACCCGGUCAACGCCGAGGUGCUCAACCAGACGUUCGCCCGCCUCGACGGCCUGCAGGUGUUCUACCCUCGGCAGCACGUCGCGCGAGCCGAGCGCCGCUUCGCCCAGUCGUUCGUCCCGCUCGAGACGCUCGUCGACCUGCGCGUCGAGCCGUGGGGGUUCGACCGCGUCGUGUCGCGCACGUCGGCCGCCAUGCGCUACGACAAGUUCAACCAGCUGCGCCUCAGCUCGAAGCGCGAGCACGGCAGCCUCGCGUCGAGCUCGCCUCGCGAGAGCCACUUUCACACGUCGACCGACCGCCUGUCGUUCGAGGCCGACAAGUUCUCGCUGUCGGCCAACCCGGAGCACUUUGCGGCCAUCUACAACGUCGUCACCGACCUGAUCCUGUACAGCGACCCGCUGCGCAAGUCGCGCAACUCAAAGGUCGAGUCGCUCGUCUUCACGCGCGACUUCUCCAACCUCGACGCCGUCAUGGACACGGUCGGGCAGCUGCAGCAGCACAUCCGCCGCCUCAUCGGCGCCGCGCACGAGUUCCAGGUCCACCUCGACGAGCUCGACGACGCCGGCCGCGUCCAGCUCUUCCUCGAGCGGGCCGAGGCGUUCCGGCUCGCGAGCGAGCUCAGCCUCGUCGUCGAGGCCUUCACGCGCGCCCAGGACUCGAACGGCGCCAAGUCGUCGUCGAGCAAGAGCGUCGGCCUCCAGCUCGAGGCGCGCGCCGCCGAGCUCACGUGGCACAUGCUUGACCAGGCCGACAUCCCGUUCGCCAAGUUCUCGGUCAUCGGCGCCGAGUACUCGUGGGUCUCGAAGCAGGACGGCUCGGCGUCGAACCGCAUGGUCAUCAAGGACCUGAGGGCGCUCAACAGCAGCCCCGAGCAGAUCUUUGCCGAGAUCAUCGCCAAGGCCGACACGGGCGACGCGUCCAACAACCGCCUCGCCCAGAUGGACGUCUUCUGCGCCGUCCUGUGGAACUCGCUCGCACCUGUCGGCGGCAUCUCGAUCAUCGAGCGCUUCGAGCUCCACCUGCACCCGGUCCGCCUCCAACUCGAGCACGCCGUCGGUCGCCGCAUCCUCGACUACGUCUUCUCGACCGACCGAUACAACAAGGCCGACGACGUCGACGGCGACGCUCACGGCGACGGUCGUCGGCGGGACAAGGCGUCGCCCGACGUCAGCAGGUCCUCGUCGUCGCUCAACGUCCCGGGCCUGAACGCGCAGGCCAAACGCUCGGUCGACUCGUUCACGGCGCCGCGCAAAAGCUACGCGAGUAGCACGAGCCUCGGCGCCACGAGCAGCACCGGCAGCGACCGCGCCCUCGCGUCGUCGAGCGCGUCGAUCCGCAGCGCCGAGCACCGCCUGCGCAAAGCCGUCUCGGCCGACAUGCUCGUGUCGGACGCUCGCGAGGAGGGUCUCGACGCCGACGAGAUGCGCCGGCGCGCCGCCUCGAACCACACGUUCAUCUUUGUCGAGAUCUCGUCGACCCUGCUCUGCCUCACGUAUCGGAGCGAGAAGGAGGACAAGUCGAGCCUGCCCAACAUCUACAACAUCACCUACAAGACGCCCUUGAUCCAGUACCGGUCCAAGACGUGGUCGUUCCUCGACCUCCUCGACCAGCUCAAGCGCGACAUGAUCCGCUCGGUGUGGCAGCAAAAAGGCCAGCUCCUCGGCCAGCUCCUAUCCAAGACGCACCGCCGCCUGCCCAUGGCCGACGCUCGGUCCGCCGCCAAGCAGGCCGUCACGGCGUCGGUGCGCAAGCGCAUGAAGUUUGUCAAGUCACGCACCCAGCACUUUGGGAGCGUCGAUGCGGCGAACGCCAACCCGGCCGGGCCGCCUCCUCUCCCCGAGGCGGUCAGGCCCGUGGAGGCGCCCGCCCAGGACCGCGACGACGAGCUCGAGCGCCCGCCUCGUCCUGCUGCGACCCCGUACAACGCCAUCCCUCGCUCGACCUCGUUCGACCCGUUCGACGGCGAGCUGCACGACCUCCCGAUGAACGGCGAGUUCGCGCGCACGCCAGGAGGCGAGCACCUCCCUUUCGACCUCGGCGUCGUCGGGCUCAUCUACCCAGAGCGGGAGGACCGCGAGGGGUCGUACCCGCGAGGCGCCUCGCGCGGGUCGAAGGAGACGACGUCGAGCGAGGCGGCAGAGUCGACCGGGAGCCGGUCUCUCGGGCUCGCUCGAGGCGCUCUCACGGAGGAGCCGGAGGACAUGGGCGCUGCCAACGAGGCGCAGCGUCUUGCGCCGAGUGCGCGAGACGGCCGACUGCCGGGCUCGGUGGACCAGCCCUCCUCGCCUCAUGGUCGACCGUCCUACGACUCGCGUUCGAGCACGACCCGUCCGUCGUCGACCUCGACCCCCUCGACCUCGUCCUACUCGGAGCGAGAGCUGUCGUUCGUCGCCGACAUCGACUCGACGUUCGCCUCGAUGGGCUCGCUAUCCAUCACUCUUCCGGGCAAGGACUCGAACGCGUUCGGCCGGCACCGGCCGAUGUCGUUGUUGUAA